CUUCAUAAACAACAUUAAACAGAAUUGUCAUUCCCGGCUAGCAAAACUAAUAAAAAUUUUUUUGCAAACUUCAUAUUUGCGAUUCUUAAUACAAAAUAAAUAUAAUUUAAUAAAAUGGAAACUAUUUUGGGUAUACGCGGUCCUGAUUUUGUUAUGGUAUCUGCCGAUACAACACAGGCACGAUCAAUUAUUGUAAUGAAAGAGGAUGAAAAUAAAAUACACAAAAUUGCGGACAAUUUGAUGAUAGCAACAAUUGGUGAAUCCGGCGAUACGAUACAAUUUACAGAGUUUAUUUCGAAAAAUAUUGCUUUGUAUAAAAUGCGUAAUGGUUACGAUUUGAGUCCCAAGUGUGCCGCUCAUUUUACUCGUAAAAAUCUUGCGGAUUAUUUAAGAUCACGCACUCCCUAUCAGGUUAAUAUGUUUGUGGCUGGCUAUGACCCCAAAGAAGGUCCCGAAUUACAUUACAUCGACUAUUUGGCCAAUGCCAAAUCAGUUAAAUACGCUGGUCAAGGUUAUGGUGGCAUGUUCUGUGCCAGUAUCUUCGAUCGUUACUAUCAUGAAAACAUUACCCAGGAGGAGGCCUAUGAUGUACUCAAAAAGUGUGUUGUGGAAAUACAAAAACGUUUGGUCAUUAAUUUACCCAAAUUUAAUGUAUCUGUAGUGGAUAAAGAUGGCAUUAAGGAACUGCCCCAGAUAACUGCAACAAAUCUUAUGGAUUAUAAGCCCUAGACUAUGUUAACCAUAAAACUUAAAUAUUAAAGCAUUCGAAAUGCAUCCGUUUUUUGGGUUAAAGAAAAACAUUAAAAACCUUUUGUAUAAAAAAACUUGGUUUAGAAAAAAAAAUAAAACAA